GCGACGACUCGAUUGACUGGACGAGGAACUUCAGAAGGCUGCUUCACUGCCUCUCUGUAUGUCAUAGGCUGUAUAAAUAUGGGAUCUCCCCCCUGUGGAUCACACACUUGACCAAUUGCGCCGCGCACGAGUCUGAUGGCUCAUUUGAAUUCGCCGAUCCUCUGUGUGUAGAUGUGGUACAGUAUAGUAGGUAGUUGAAGUGAAGGGUUUGUUGCGUGAGUGUGUGCGUGUUUGUGUUUUUUUUUUUGUGUGUGUGUGUGUGUGUGAAUGUGCACUCCUAGAAUAGAAAGCCAAAGGAAGAAGAAGAAGAAGGAGAAGAGAGGCGGGCUCGGAUUGUGCCUUGUUGAAAUCCAGGGUGAAGCAAAUAUAUAGUCUGUAACAGAUCGAACCAGCACUUCACGCUCCCUUUGUGGAUUUUAUGGAUGUCUGAUCAGUGGAUGUGAUGCCCAUAUAUAUCAUCGACCGAAAAUUUCCCGAAACAUCUGGUGAGUUGAUACAGCCAACAGCUGAAGAAGGAGACCUGAGAAUGACAGAGACAAACCCCCCCAAGUCGGCUAAGAAGCCCCGCUGGACCUCCCUGGAGAUCGGCCUCAUUACUAUCGUCUCUUUGCUUUUCAUCAUCAUUGUCGCCCUCAUCAUCCUCUUUGCUACACAGAAGACUGAUGAAAUUUGCACCACAGCUGACUGCACACAGUCAGCGUCUCGUCUAAUAGAGAACAUGGAUGCUAGUGUGGACCCUUGUGACAACUUCUAUCAGUAUGCCUGUGGAGGCUGGCUGAAGAAGAACAUCAUCCCCGAGACCAGCUCUCGAUACAGCACCUUUGACAUCUUACGAGACGAACUGGAGGUCAUUCUCAAAGGUGUCCUUGAAAAAACAGUGGAGGGGGAAGCCGCUGCUCUCACCAAGGCUAAGACGCUCUACAAGUCUUGUACCAAUGAGAGUCUAAUUGAACUCAGAGGAGGUACUCCUUUGCUUGACAUGCUGGUUGAUAUGUUUGAGUGGCCCAUAGCUGUGGACAACUGGGAGACCAAUUAUGGCAAAACGUGGAGGUUGGAGGACGUCAUUUCCAAGAUGAAUGAGAAAUAUGGAACUCCGCUCUUGGUUAACUUUUUUGUCGGCACAGAUGACAGGGACUCCAAUUCACACAUCAUUCAUUUUGACCAGCAGACAAGCCUCGGCCUUUUGUCCAGAGAUAACUACGCUUGCACUGGGCACUAUGCAGAGGCAUGCCGGACUUACGAGAAGUUUAUGAUUGACCUGGCUAAGCUGAUCCGUACUGACCGGGGACUGGACAUCAAUGAAACCCGCAUCAGAGAGGAGGUGACACGAGUUAUGGACCUGGAGAGAGAUAUUGCCAAUGCUACUGAUACUCCAGAAGACCGUAACAACCCAGUGUUGCUUUACAACAAGAUGGAACUAGGCGAUCUAAACGCCAACUUCACCCUUGAGGUUGGAUCGCAGGUAUUUAACUGGAGUUACUUCACAGCUAGGAUAAUGGAUACAGUUAACAUCAGCGUUCCUGACACAGAAAAGGUCAUAAACUACUCCCCCAACUAUUACAGAAGACUCAACGUUAUCUUGGCCAGAUACAACAAGAGAGACCUGCAGAACUACAUGGUGUGGCGUUUUGCUAUGAACAUGGUAGUGGGACUUAGCAGACCUUACAGGGACACCAGAAAAGCCUUCCGCAAGGCUCUGUAUGGCACGACGUCAGAGGCAGCAGUGUGGCGGCAGUGUGCACUUUAUGUCAACAACAACUUGGACAAUGCCGUAGGACGACUGUAUGUGCAGGAGGCCUUUUCUGAAAAGAGCAAAGAACUGAUGGAGGAGAUGAUUAAAGACAUUCGGGAAGUUUUCAUUAGUAACCUUGAUGACCAAACUUGGAUGGAUGCAGAGACUAAGAAAGCAGCAGAGGAGAAGGCCCGAGCUAUUCGCCAACGGAUCGGCUAUUCUGACAGCAUCAUGGAUGAUAAAUACCUUAACAAUGAGUACAAAGAUCUGGACUACAGUGCAGAGGAGUACUUUGAAAACAUCUUACAGAACCUGGAGUAUUUGCAGAAGAAACGCCUGCGGAAACUCAGACUCAAAGUCAACAAAGAGGAGUGGGUUACUGGAGCUGCUGUUGUCAACGCCUUCUACUCAUCUAGCAAAAACCAAAUAGUGUUCCCCGCAGGUAUCCUCCAGCCACCUUUCUUUAGCAAAGGCCAGGCUAAAUCUCUAAACUAUGGUGGCAUCGGCAUGGUAAUCGGUCACGAGAUCACACAUGGCUUUGAUGACAAUGGUCGUAACUAUGAUAAGGAUGGUGACCUGAAAGACUGGUGGACACCAGACUCCACUCAGAAGUUCCUGGAGCUGUCAAAGUGCAUUGUCAAUCAGUAUGGAAAUUUCUCCUGGGACCUGGCUGGUGGACUACAUUUAAAUGGUAACAACACCCUCGGGGAGAACAUUGCUGACAACGGAGGGAUACGGCAGGCAUAUCAGGCCUACAAGAACUAUGUGAAAGAACAUGGAGAGGAGCCUCCACUGCCUGGCAUUCACCUUUCCCACGAUCAACUCUUCUUCCUAAACUUUGCUCAGGUGUGGUGUGGAACACAUCGACCAGAGCAAGCUGUGAAUUCCAUCAAAGUAGAUGUUCACAGUCCAGGAAAAUUCAGGGUACUGGGCUCCCUUCAAAAUUUCCCAGAGUUUGCCAAAGCAUUCAGCUGCAACAAGAGCAGCUACAUGGUCCCUGAACACACCUGCCGUGUGUGGUGAUCCACAGACCUCCGAGAUGGGGAUUGUUCUGACGUGGGUCGUCCCUGUGCCCCUACAGUACCUCUCCCCUCUGACUGGAUCACUUGUGGGGGGCUGCAGGGAAGUAAAAGCUCCCCUUACGCUCUUUACUGGAUGGACCAGGGCUGGUGGACUGACACUGCAGUAUGCACUUCCUCCGAGGAAAGCAGUGGACUGUACCCUCACGGACAGACGGAGCACUGUCUCUCCAACUCUGAUACUGUAGUUUAUUCAAUCAGCCUGAUUAUUCUGCUACUCACUGGAUACAAUCCCUGCUUGUGUUUUUAUUUUUCUUCUCUCCAUUUUCAUCUUGUUUUAUUCAUCAUUUGUGAGUCUGCCAAUGUGUAUGUGAGUGCGAGCGUGUUUCAGUCAAAAUACUGUAAUUGGCAAAAGAGGGGCAGACAGACAAAUGUGCUCAAAUCCACUGGCAUAUGAAUACAUCAUACACCCACUCACACUUACAUACAUAAUACAGGGCUGAACCACUGUACUGUAUGUGGGAUUGAGCUGUACGCUUCUCAUAAAACCUCAGCUGGUUUCAGCUUUCAUCUACAUGCUGAUAAACUCUACAAUGUACUCGUAACGUACUCUUUGUUAAUACGUAGGACUAGAUUAGGUAAAUUAUUACAGAAAAAUCGGAAUUUAUUUUCUUGAAUAGAUCAGUAAACAUUUAACCGUAAUCACAUAUUACACAAUACUGUUCUACAUUUAAUGUUAAUGACUUAACUGCAGUUGACAGUUCAUUAGCAAUAUGUCAAAUAAACCAAAAUGAAGAUUUCGCCUUCAAAAUGACAGCUGGUCAUGAAUCAUUGAGCUGACAAUCGACAGACACAAGACCCCUUUUAUACGUUCAUUGAGCCACCUGUCUGGAUGUAUGUCUCUAUGUGUUUCCCACUCUUUGUAAGUCAUUAUGAUCACUGCCUACUGUUUGUCAUGCAAACUGGUAUGCCUUACAUGAUCUGUUGUGCUACUGUGUGUGUGAGUGUGUAUGUGUAUUCACAGGAAAACAGAGGAUAAGGGAAUGCACAUUAAAGAAAUAAUUAGAAUCUUUUUACAAACAUGCUGAUUUUCUUUUUUGCCGAGAGAUCGAUACCAGUCUCAUGCAUGCAUGCUAUAGCCAGCAGCCAGUAAGCUUAGCUUGGUAGAAUGACUGCUAGCCUGGCUCUGUCCAAAGAAACAGAAAUUGCCUUGAAGCACCUCUAAAGCUCACUAAUUUCCACGUUACUUAAAAACAAGUUGUGGUUUUAUGGGGCUCACAGACUGCUUCUUGGCCGGGAGCAGUGAUUUUUCUGGAGUUUCUGCCAAGACUUAAUUUGCAGGCUCUAAAUGUGUUGUUUCCCCUGUUUCCAUUCUUUGCGCUGAGCUAGUCAUCUUCAUCAUCAUCAUGAUAUUGGUAUCAGUAUUCUCAACAAACUUCAAAGCUUCCAAGAUAUUGGUUCAGUCACACAAAGUGUGCCAUAUUGCCCAUCUUUUUUUAAUGAUUCUUUUACACAAUGAAGUCAAUUGACAAACAAUAUAAUUCAUAUUUUCAAAAGGAAUGUUUAAUCUUGUCUAUUUUAAACCACGAGCUGAGUCUUUGUUGGAACCUAAUGAUUUUUUUCAAAAGUGCAUGCAUUUUUGUGAAUGCGGAAGGUUGUAUCAAGUCAGUGGAUCCCAGUUUAGGAUUCAUGGCUUAAGUUUUCUACGUUAAAAUGUAACUGAGGCUGUGAUACAAGGUUAAUUGUGGAAAUUUUUGCCUUUUAUAAAGAAAUUAGUGCAAUGAAUGAUACGCCAUAAUCAUGUAGACCACUUCGCCAUGCUGUAUACAACACGUUAUAUAUUGUUGUUUCCCCGUGUUUUGUUUUUACCAUUGUUGGUGCAAGCUUUCUGUCUCUCUGUCACUGUCGCUCACUCCUUCAGGCUUUCUUACUUUUUGCCUCUUUCACACUCCACCUGUAGAAAGACAGAUAUACCUCAGUUGCCUGUAUUUAGAUACUUUAUAAUAAUGACUGAUAAUCAUCUUGAGGAGCAUUUUCUUUCCUUUCAAAAUAAAUCUUUAAAAAACAUGCUGAGCCUGCAGGCGGUAGUGCUACAA